UCCCCUUCGUUUUCCCAUCAUAUUCCCUUUCACUUCACACCAAAAUCAAACACUCACAAAAAUCAUCACCAGAAAAAGAAAAAAAGACCCUUAUUUUAUUUCUCUUUUAGCAUUCUGUAUUAUUGUGCCAUUUUUCAAUUUUUUUAAUCUCAUUCAAUGGUGAAGAAGGCAGAGCGGAAGACGGCGGUGGAAUCUUCUCCGGCGCCGCCGUGUAAAAGGAAAUACAAGGGUGUCAGAAUGAGGAGCUGGGGCUCAUGGGUUUCGGAGAUUCGAGCGCCCAAUCAGAAGACGAGAAUUUGGUUGGGUUCUUAUUCUACGCCGGAAGCGGCGGCGCGUGCCUACGACGCUGCACUUAUAUGCCUCAAAGGAACUUCCGCCAGCCUCAACUUCCCGGAAAUUGCUAAGUCCAUUCCACUUUCCGACCACCGCCACUUCCUCCCUCACUACCACAUUGAUUCCCCCGACGCCAUUAUGUCCCCCAAGUCCAUCCAACGAGUCGCCGCCGCCGCCGCCAAUGGCUUCCCGGAAAAUGCCGCCGCCUGUACUACUCCAACUCCACCGCCCUCCGCCGUCUCGUCCCCGUCGCUCUCAUCCACGCCGUCGGAUCAAACCGACGACGACGUGUCGGUGAUCGUGACGUCCGCUGGGCUCCUCGAUGGUUGCUACGAUCAAAUCGAGCAACCGACGGCCGCGAUUGAAUCGUGGUGCAAUUACCUCGAUGCCCUUCAGUCGCCGAAGCACGUUGACCAAAUGCUCACCGGAGCUCUGUUCGAUUUCGAUUCAAUGCCUGAGAUUGACGAUUUUUACGAAGAGAUAGGUGACAUCAGAUUGUGGAGCUUCUGCUGAAGAAAUUUUCAAAAUCGUUAGUUAAUUUUACCCAAACAAACCGAUAUUAUAAUAUCUUUUUUUUUUCUUUUUCUUUUUUCUCUCCCCAUUUAAAAUCUUCGUCAAUUGCUUGAAGAUAUUACUGACAGUGACCCAAAUUUGUAUUUUUGGUUUAGUGUGAUUGAUUCAUAGGUGAAACCGACAAACUCACAUGAGAUUAGACUUUUUUUCAAACUAAUCUCUCUGUGGGAGCUGGUUUUAUGAUGAAAUUUUAUGUAAUGAUUAA